AUGAGCAAAUCCUCCACGGCUUCUGCAUCAAAGAUACCGACCCAGCUACCAUCCAAGUCAGCGUGGGCAAAGGGACCGCCGCAGAGCAACUCUUCAGCACCCUCACCACGUUCCCAGUCACCCGCACCAAAUCAGGGCGCCCCGCAACCGACUCACUCCAGACGACCCAGUGCGUUAGGUCAAGGCGUUUCUUUCAAAGAUGGUGUUGCAGGUGCACGCAGUCCCACGAGUGCUGUGAAGUCAGCGUCGUCGGUGACGUUCGGAUCGAUAGACGAUAUUACCGCUCCUAUCUCCUCCUCCCCCGCUGCUGUUCCAAUCAUCAAGUCCGAAGGCGUGAAGACAUUUGGGUCCGUCCCAGCGACACCCACCUCGGCUUCCGCCAAUGGCAAACCCACUAGCGCGGCAUCGGGCCCGCCAUUGUCACAGCCUCCUGUGACUCCUUCUACACCAUCAAAAUUCGACAUCAAAAAGCUCUUUCAGGUGCCAAGUAGUGCACCUGUGCCCACUAGUGCGGCCUCACAGUCGUCUGCUUCGCCGUCCAGUAGAACAUCAUCCUUGCCACAGUCAUCACCACAGAUCUCACACUCGCAGCCGUCUCAGUUGGGCGCGCAUUCAUAUCCCUUUGUCCCUUCAGGUGGCCCGCGACCACCACAAAAUGGUUCACAGCCGACGUCUGGAGCGCCGCCGCCACGCUCACCGGUAUUUCCACGACAGAUGCCCAAUGGGCAGGUUAAUGGCGUGAAUGGUCGGCCAGGUGGAGCACCGGGAGGGCCGGGUGCUGGGCCAGGAGCGAUUCCCGCCGGGAUGUCGAGUCCACGAAUGGGACCUCCUCAUCUUGGACAACCCACGGGGAUGCCUCCUCAGGUGCCAGUGCCAGGAUGGCCUGGGUACUACUAUCCCCCGCAAUAUCCUGGCAUGCCUCCUCCCGAGGCUUAUAUACCGUAUUCUCCUGGUUGGCAUGUUCCGCAGCACAUGGUCCCACCACCACACCAACAGGCACCUGGUCCACCUGGUCCUCAGCAUGGCGGAAUGCCCAUGUCCCCUCGUAAUGUUCCCCCUCCUCUCCAUACACCUGGAACGCCGACUCUGGCACCCGCUAUGCCCAACACCGCCCAUCCCCCACAUACGACACCUUCUCCUCAUUCACAUAAUGCCAGCCUGAGCAGUGUUUCUUCACCUCCUCCUACUCCCUCGUCCAGCACAUCGGCACCCGGUAUGAACCGCUUGAACUCGGGCGCAAGCGCGUUCGUCCCUCGGAAGACGCAUCCAGUCAAGAUUACGACUACAAAUGGGAUGGAAGUCAACCUAGAAAGCUACAAGAAGCAGGGCGUGACGCCUUCGCCUACAGUACCCAGCUCGCCAGCGCGGAAGUCGAUGGUCCGAAUGGAGACGCCAGAGGCGAAGGAGAGGCGACUCGCUGAAGAGAAAGAGAAGGAGCGUCAGAAGAAGGAUGCCGAGGAGAGAGUGAAACGCGAGGAGGAAGAGAGGAAGAAGAAGGUGCGCGAGGAAGAGGAGAGGAAGAAAGCUGCAGAGGAGGAGCGUGUGCGCAAAGAGAAGGAGGAUGAGGAGCGUGCGCGCAAGCAGAGGAUAGAGGAGGAAGAGCGUGUGCGGAAACAGAAAGUAGAGGAGGAGGCGCGGUUAAAGAAGGAAGAAGAGGAGCGGAUACAGAAAGAGGAAGAAGAACGUGCACGCAAGGAGGAAGAGGAGCGCAUUGCUCGGGAGGAAGCUGAGAAGGCUGAGAAAGCGAAGGCGGCGCUGGAAGAGCUUGAAGAGUCUGAGCCGCAGCAGGCUGAGGCAGAGGAGGGUGAGGUCGAGGAGCCCGACGAAAUCCAACCUGCACUUCCAGAGACUCCUGAAGUUACAGAUGACUCGAAGGAGAAGUCGGUUGAGAAGAAUUCCUUACGGAUUGAUACUGCCGUGUCUGUCCCGGAUCUGCAGCGUCGACGACACCCAGGCCCACUUGACCUUUCCUCCGCCAAGAGCCAACCUGUGCCUCAGCCCUUACCUUCAGCCCUUGCGACUGCUCGUGUCAUCGAGGAUAUCAAUAGCGUCUCGUAUCCCGAGGGCAUUAGAAGCCCGAAGGUCGAGUUGAAUGUAAAUGCUCGACAUGGCAAGUUCAGAUAUGACCGAGAUUUCCUGAUGCAAUUCAUGGCUAUUUGCAAGGAGAAGCCUGAAUCGUUACCUCCCUUGGAUGCCAUUGGCCUCGAGCCCGUUGAUCAACCUUUCCCGAUGAGUCGUGGGGGCUCUGGUCGCCGCGCCUCGGCAGCUAUGCCACCUCCGGCCUCAACAAGUCGUUCGGGUGUUGGGCUUGGAAUAUCUGGAUUCAACAAGCCUGGUUCUAACCCCUUCCAAAUGGGCCAGUUCGCCACCCCCACAACGAAGAUGUCAAGCGAAGAACGGUUUGCCAUCUCCAGCUCGUCCCGUUCGACGUCGAUGUCAGGUGGUACUGCGGGCAUACCCUUCAAUCGUGCUCAACCUCUUACUCGCACCUCAAGCCAAGGUGGUCCGAUGGCCAACAAGCGUACUCGCAGCAAGCGCGGUGUGGAUCGUGCAGACGCAAACAAGGCGUACGCAGGCCCAUCGGGAUCAUCAUUCGACACAUCAGCAGCAUCGCAGGCCGGAAUGGCACCCUUUGAGCCCGUUGCGCCCUUGGAGAUAUCUGCUAAUCGAUGGCAACCAACAAGUCUUGGAAAGAGGCCCCAGCAGGCUGACACCGAUUCUCCAGAGAUUGUCGACCGAAAGGUCAAGGGUUUGCUCAACAAGCUCACCAUGGAGCGUUUCGACUCUAUCUCAGAUCAAAUUAUCGCAUGGGCGAACCGGUCGGAGAAGGAGAAAGACGGGCGUACCCUUAUACAGGUUAUUCGACUGGUGUUCGAGAAGGCGACCGAUGAGGCUACAUGGUCUGAGAUGUAUGCGCGUCUAUGUCGAAAGAUGAUGGAGCAAAUCAGCCCGAAGGUCCAGGAUGACGGCAUCAAGAACACAGAAGGCAAACCUAUUGCGGGUGGCCAGCUCUUCCGGAAGUACCUGCUCAAUCGGUGUCAAGAAGACUUCGAGCGAGGGUGGGUUGCGAAGGAGGCGACAGCCGCCGCAGCUGCGACGAGAGCUUCCGAGGACCAAGCCGCAAAGGCUGCUGCUGAGAAAGACGCUGAUGAGAACAUCUUGUACUCGGAGGAGUAUUACGCUGCGCAGAAGGCAAAGCGACAAGGUCUUGGUCUCAUCAAGUUCAUUGGUGAACUCUUCAAAUUGCAGAUGCUCACGGAGCGGAUCAUGCACGAGUGUGUCAAGAAAUUACUCGGCAAUGUGGAGAAUCCCGAGGAGGAGGAAAUCGAAAGCUUGUGCAAGCUCUUGACCACUGUUGGCCAGAUACUCGACACGCAGAAGGCCCGCGCGCACAUGGAUGUGUAUUUCUCGCGCAUGAAGGAGCUUACCAAGAGCUUGAACGAUGUCAUUGAGUUGCGCGAGCGUAAAUGGAUACCUCGUAAUCAAGUGGCUGCACCCACUACGAUCGCCGCUGUGCAUGAAGCUGCUGCGAAGGAGAAAGCCGCGCAUGAGAAGGACGCAUACCAACGGAAUCUCAGCAUGUCUCGUGGUGGUUCAAGACGUGGUGGAGAUCGAGGCGAUCACACUCAGAUUGGACCAGAUGGGUGGGCUGUCGCAGGUGGUUCUGUACCAAGGCCACCUCCCAAGGCUGGAGACUUGUCCAACUUCGGAAAGAUCAGUAAACCAACAUCCAUGACAUUAGGUCCCGCGAGCGUUUUCCAGGGCAAGGAGAAGACCAAGAGUCGCGAAAGCACCAUAUCGCGCGGCGGCUCGUCGAAUAUGUUCUCAAAGCUCAUGGAGAACCCCGAGCUUGCUACGGAGGUCGCGUCGUCGAAAUCUAGCCGACCACCAAGCCGGAAGGCGAGCGUGGACUUCGGUGCCAGCGGUAUGCCGGAGGCUCCCCAGCAGCGAAGGAAGCUGCAACUCCUUCCUCGAUCGGUACCGAAGGCGGAUGAGAUCAAGGCGGAUUCGACACCUGCUUCGGAAGCUGGACAAUCGGAUGAUGAGGGUGGUGAUCCUGCUGCGCCGUCGAUGACAGAAGAUGAGGCCCUGACGAGGGUCAAGGAAGAUUCGAAGGAAUUCUUCAGCAUCCGUGACUUGACCGAGGCUGAAGUGUACUUCAGCAAGCUUCCUUCCGAACACCGAUGGCGGCUCGUGGACAAGUUGGUUUCUUCAGCCAUCGAAUCCAAAGAGUCGGAUGCUCAGCUCGUUGCGGAUUUCUUCUCGCGCGCAAUGUCAAAGAACCUGUGCUCACCGCAGUCCUUCGAAGAUGGUUUCGCGCCUGUGGCCGAAAUCCUCGACGAUGUUGCUAUAGAUGCGCCGAAGGCAUUCAACCUCAUGGCUAUGAUGAUGAAGGGUGCCCGUCUUGACCAAGACGAGGACCGACGGUCACGACUUGCGAGCAAGUCGAUGGACAGUGAUAAAUUACUCGCGUUGUUAUCAUAG